AUGGGGAAAGCAUCGGCAUCGUCCACGACCAAGGACGCGCUUGCCCUCUUCAGUUCUCUGCGCUCAGCUUACUCUGCCACUCCCACCAGUCUCAAGAUCAUUGAUCUCUAUGUUGGUUUCGCUGUGUCCACAGCUCUCAUCCAGGUAGUUUACAUGGCUAUUGUCGGAUCAUUCCCAUUUAACUCAUUUCUCUCAGGAGUACUCUCUUGUACAGGGACAGCAGUCCUUGCUGUUUGUCUCCGUAUUCAAGUGAACAAAGAAAACAAAGAAUUUAAGGAUUUACCUCCAGAACGGGCUUUUGCAGAUUUUGUUCUCUGCAACUUGGUGCUGCACUUGGUGAUUAUGAAUUUCCUUGGAUAA